UAAUUUACAGUUUUCACGUUUUGUCAAAAAACAGAAUGUCAAUGUAGGUUACUCAUGUAAAAUUGUAAUUAAGUGUAAGGGGAAUUUGGGAGGGCCAAAUUUAUUUUUAUUACCCGUAAUUGUUUUUAAAAAUGCUUCUCGCUUCUUGUGGCGCCGACGCUAAAUUCCAUGAUUGGCCGUCUGGGAAAUUUUACGGUCAUUAUCAGCCUGAAAACAGUAACAAAAUCAAAUGUGUCUCAUGGUCGAAAGAUGGUGAUACCGUUGUCUUGGUACAGACGAUGGGUUUCGGUACGGCAGUUGUCGUGAGUCCUGCACCUCUCCUACAAGUCCUGGAUAAUAUACAAAUGUCGCGAGUAGAAGCAGCUGCUUUUUCGCGUGUAGAAAACCACGAAGUUACAUUAGGUUUGGACAACGGAGGUAUUUUGGUGUACGACAUUAAGCAAAGGACAAUUAAUCGCGUACUUAAAACUAUUCCUGCUUGCGUAGAGUUCUUGGACUAUUCGGUAAAUGAUUUAUAUCUGGCAGCAGGGUGCAGCAGCGGCCAAAUAGUUUUAUACAACAACAAGAGGAGAAUUUGUGCGAGUUAUUGUGUGCCAAACAGUUACGACCUAUCGGCCAUGAGUUGUCAUCCAUGCGUCGAGGAAUAUUUAGCUGGAGCCAGUUGUUCUGGUCAUUUGGCAGUUUGGGACGUUCCAACAGGAAACAGUUUGUUUACCACGAAAUCUCAUAACGGUGGUAUAAUGGACAUAGCUUUCAGUAAGACUGAAGACAUGAUUUGUACUGUUGGAUUAGAUAAAAAGUUCUGCAUCUAUUCCUUAAAUUCGGGCGAACGUACAGCCCUGGUCAAUCUGGAAGAUCAACUGAGUUCGGUUGACUUUGCUCCUAAUGGCGAACAAAUUGUUGUGGCAUCUAUUGACGGAAAAAUUUUGGGGUACGAUAUUAGGAACAUGAACACUCCUAAUCGUACCCUAAUUCCUCACACGUCCAUUUAUAAAAUCAAAUUCCAACAACGUGAUACUUCACCACGUAAUAUUCCCGAAGUGGAGGACAUCCAAAGCGAGAAAUGUUCAAGUUUGAACGUUAAUACGUUCUUCAAGGAUAGAAGAAGUUUUGAAAGUAUAUCUGAAGACUCAAGGGAUGGCAAUGCUUAUAACCUGGAUGAAGCGGUAUCAGGUGGGGGCGACGCGAUUAUUAAAGAGCCGGUAAUCGCGAUUAAUUCCAAGCCGGAAAUAAAAAUUCAAAUUCCUUCGGUUAUUUUGGAUCGAAAAGUGGCAGACGAAGAAAUAUCAGAAAAUUCGUGCAGUAAUACUAGUAGUACAUCCGAUGAUUACUCGUUUUUAAAUAAUUUAAUAACGCAAUUGAUAAACCAUUGCAUAGAAAAUGUCGUGGAAACUAUGAACAACGAGUUCAUGCAGAUGAAGAUGCAACUGACGAAAGAAAUUAUUUAUUUGGAAAAUCGAAUCGACGAGAAAUUUAAGGAGAUUGUUUACGCAGCUGAAUCUGUUUCAACGAUACAUGAUCAAGAGCCCAAGCCUCAAAAUACAGACGAUUAUCCUCUUGAAAUAUCUGUCAGAUAUAAAAAGGAUUUCCUUACACAUUUAAAAGAGGCUUCGAACAACUAAAAGGAAGUUUCGUGGAUGUGUUUUCCAUUUAAUUUCAGUCUAUAAUUAUCUAGCUAUAUUCAGAUCAUUAAAAAUUGGACGUUACUGCCAAUAUUUAAUAGUAAUGGUAACAAUAAUUAAUAGAUCACCAUUAAAAAUUCAUGAUUAUUUCUCGUCAUUGUCGCCGUGCUUCUCACAAAAUCAAAAUUUUAUCAUGACUACAUUUUAGUAUUUGUUUCAUCAACAUUAAUAUCUUUUACUCAAAUUAAUUCGUAAAAGAAAAGCUUACUUAUUAAUUGAUGUCUCAAUUUGUAUGUAAAGAUAAUGUGAAAUACGUUAAUAAAGGGGAUUGGUGUCAAA